AUUUUUCGUUUUAGGGUUUGAUGAUUUUGUAAUGUGAGAAAAGGUUUCGUUAUGUUAAAGAGGCACUCUAACGCCAUUCUUCUCUUCAGAAUCGCAAGCUUCGAUUCACAUAAUAAAACCCUUAUGUCUUCCUUUACCGAUCCCCUUUUUCUCCGAUCGCUUCACACUCCUCGAUCCAUCGCCAACACAUUUCAUGGAGAUUUCGUUCAUAGACUCAAUCCCAUUCAAAUUUACCACAACAACAGCAACAAGUGUCGCUUUAAUGGUUUGUUCAAGGUUAAAGGUGGAAAGGGAAAGCCCAAUGGAUUCACCUUGACAAGUUGUUUUGAUUCUCACAAGAAACCUGAUCAAAAGGCUCGAGCUUUAACUCAACAUCGCCGCCUUCUCCAUGAUCUCGGAUCUGGGCCUAGUGCCGGAACCACCGACCUUGCCGAUGGCCGUGGUGCAUAUCUGCCUACGAGGUUUCAAGGAAAUGAUAAGAUUGUUGUGGCUGUUGACAUAGAUGAGGUUCUUGGAAACUUUGUCUCGGCCCUUAACAGAUUCAUUGCAGACCGCUAUUUGUCGAACCAUUCAGUCUCAGAAUACCAUGUCUAUGAGUUCUUCAAGAUAUGGAACUGCUCUCGCAACGAAGCCGACUUACGUGUUCAUGAAUUCUUUAAGACAUCAUAUUUCAAGAAAGGGAUCCAUCCUCUUCCAGGUGCCCAUAAGACUCUUCACAAGCUAUCAAAAUAUUGUGACAUGUCAGUUGUGACGUCCCGGCAGAAUGCGAUAAAGGAGCACACACUUGAGUGGAUCGAGAUACAUUUCCCAGGACUAUUCAAACAAAUUCAUUUUGGAAACCAUUUUGCUCUUCAUGGAGAGUCUAGACCAAAGUCUGAAAUCUGCAGAUCAUUUGGAGCAGAGAUAUUGAUUGACGAUAACCCGAGAUAUGCCGAGGAAUGUGCUAACAUCGGAAUGAAGGUUCUCCUCUUUGACUAUGAAAAUUCAUACCCUUGGUCUAAGACAGAGUCUGUGGAUAGGCAUCCUUUGGUGACUAGAGUUCAUAACUGGGAAGAGGUGGAGCAGCAGAUUCUCUCAUUGGCAGUGUCAAAAUGUUGAAAUAGAUUCUGCAACAACAACUGUUAUUUUGCCAGUGCAGAAUUAUAGUAUUAAUGUUUGAAAUGAUACUGUGAAAACUUGAUGGGGAAAUAAGUAGCAAACAGAGAU